GGUCCUUCACUAGGACAACAUCAGGCGAUACCUGUAUUCUCCCCGCCUGCUUCAUUUGUCUAUCUCUUUUACCACCGCCCCGACCUCCGUCAUCAAGCCAAGACCAUUCCUCGUCCGAUUCUUGCAAAGUUCGUCGAGAUGCGGGGACGUAGUCCUCGGGAAGACUUUUCUCUUUUACCAGACCCCUCCGAAAGCCGGCGGCGGCGCAGGUACGCCCUCCAGAAAAUCCCUGCUCUUGCUGCCACGAUAAUCGAGGAACAACACCCUUACCGUGGAUACAACAGCGCGAACUUGCUUAGGGCCCACACGGAACACUCGUUAUCGUGGACUGAAGCCGGCGACCACCACCCGGGCGCUACGACGUUGUCGAGACCGAUCCAACCAUACGACUUGCCACCUCCUGACUGCGCCGACUUUGCGGCAUCGUAUCUCGCAACCGGCGUAGCUCCUGGAGCAAUGGCAGCGGGCAAUGUUAGAAUGAAUCGCGCACAAGAAUUCCUAUCGCCCAAUGUCAAUAGACCUCAUCAACCAGGUAUGCGCUUCAGACCGACAACGCAUGAAGUAUACCGAGCUACACCGGAUCAAGGGCGACAAAGCGCAGGAGCACCAGGGGAUGUCCACCGGCCCUCCAAUGUCCCGAGCAACAGCAAUUAUCCGACCACAUACCCAGGACAUUGGUCUGAGACACACGUAAUGGCUCCAGGGAUCACGGUCGCCAAUCCGCAAUUUCACAGCGGUGUGAACCACUAUCCGGCGUCGCACACGUCGCAAGAGCAAAUACUCUAUGCUGGUCCUGCAGCUCAUUCACAGGGUACGGGCUUUGAGACAUAUCCGCAGACGAACUAUGUCUACCCGUCGCGGCCCGAGCUCAGAUCGGACCUUUGGAACUACAGAUAUUCAGUGGGACCCAGCGCGGGCUACAGCGAUCAGACUGUCCACGCUGUUCAAAGUGGAAAUGGUGGAUAUUACAAUGCAAUACCACCGGUAGUCCACGGGCAGGCUGUCGAUGGCCACGACGCAGACGCUUCCAGUGCAACAGGUGGCAACGUGUCGGCGUUCGACGGUCUUUCCCCAACAUCAUUAUUUCAAGAUUCGGCGUACGGUGGACAAAGUUCGACCGAUCAAUCGACAUGCGGUUCGGCCUCUCCAUACCACACCCCGAUUGACUUCGAUCCAAAAGGACCCGUGAGUGCUCCAGCGACACAACAUGGCUUUGUCUCUAGGGAGGAUAUGAACGGGUAGAUCCGUUUCUGCCAGCGGAGGCGAAGCAGUCUGCCACGAUUGCGACAGCCGGUAUAGUGGAGAACACCGGAAGGGCAACUUGGCUCGGCAUCGCCGCCAAAAGCAUGGCGGCGUGGAGCAAAGCUACCCUUGCAAGGAGCCCCUUUGUGGUCAGGUAUUCAAACGGCAGGAUGCGCGUUUGAAGCAUGUUCGCAAACACCACCCAGGCCGCGCAC